ACGCUCGCGCGCUGCCUCUCACGUGUCGGUGUUGUAUUUGUGAGCUCCUCGGUGUGUUUUUUGGUGAAUUCCUGCUCGCCAUGUCCCGGGCUCAGCUGCUGCAGCUGCUGGUCAGGGAGCGUCUGACCGCCGCCGCGGAGGAGAUCCUGGCCGCGGUGACGAAGAGCGUCGCGGGCUACGAGGAGGAGCUGCGGCUGUGCAGGCUGGAGAUCCGCCGGCUGCGGCAGGCCGACGCUCGGUCCCCGAGCCCCGAAGCGCAGACGGAAGAAGCUCAGCUGUCCGUCCCGGACAGCGACGCCCCCGACCGGCAGGAGAAGGAAGGGCGAUGCGAGUCGGAGUGGAGCUCCGGUCAGGACGCAGACGGGCCUGCCUGCACCACCAAAGAAGAGCGGGAGGAGAACGAAGCCUUCCUGGUCAUCAUCUCGCCUCCGUACGUGAAGAGCAAGCUGGACCGGCUGCAGGCCGACUCUCCGAGCCCGGCAGGCGGCGCGGACCCCCAGCCCGGCUCCUCCGUCCAGCAGGUGGAGGUGGAGAUCGAAGACGGCGACGUGGCGUCUCCCGGGGUCAACAGCGACGAGGAGUGGACGUUCGAGAGCGAGGCGUGUGACGACCAGCCGCAGAGGAAGAAGAAGAGGAGGAAGAGGCGGGCGACCGCGGCGUCCAUGUUCCACCUGAGCCUCAACAACAAAUCCAGGAUCUCCUGCAAAGUGUGCGGCAAGGCCUUCCACGCCAACGUCUCGCUGGUCAACCACAUGGCGGCGCACCCCAGGGACCUGUGCGGCGUGUGCGGCCAGCGCUUCGACGACGACGAGGACGGCUUCCUGCUGCACCUGAAGACGCACGUGUCCGGAGAGGUGUGCGGCGUCUGCGGCAAGUGCUUCGGCGGCGCCCGCUCGCUGGAGAUGCACAUGCGGGUGCACACGGGCGAGAAGCCCUUCGUCUGCGGCGAGUGCGGCAAGUCCUUCAACUGCCGCCACAACAUGAUGCGGCACAUGCGCAUCCACACGGGCGAGAAGCCGUACACCUGCUCCGUCUGCCAGAGGAGCUUCAACGACUACAGCACGCUCAAGCGCCACCUGCGGGUUCACGUUGCAGACGGGAGCCUCGAGGCGCCGGUGGGGGGCGACGCCGGCGCCGGGAAGCCGCCGCCGCCGAUAGCCACGCCCCGGAAGCAGCCGCCCCGCGCCAUGUGCGAGGUGUGCGGCAAAACGUUCCACUCCAACAUCUCCCUGCUGAACCACGCCAAGCAGCACGCGGCGGACGCGUGCGGCGUCUGCGGGACGCACUUCGACACGGAGGAGGAGCUCAUCCUGCACCUGACCACGCACGCCAACGGCAAGGUCUGCCGGCUGUGCGGCAAGUGCUUCGACAGCCAGAAGAACCUGGACAUGCACACGAGGACGCACACGGGCGAGAAGCCCUUCCUCUGCAGCGAGUGCGGCAAGUCCUUCAACUGCCGGCACAACAUGAGCCGGCACAUGAGGAUCCACACCGGCGAGAAGCCGUACGCCUGCGGCGUGUGCGACCGCCGCUUCAGCGACCACACCUCCCUCAAGCAGCACAGCAGCCUGCACGGCGCCGACAAGCCGCACUGCUGCCACGUCUGCGGGAAGGGCUUCCACCGAGUCACCCGGCUCAAGGCCCACAUGAGGAACCACCCGGACCUGGGUUCCCAGGGAGGACCGGCCAGCUGAAGGUCCUCGGGACUGACUCAGGACUGACUGAUCAACCAGAGGUUUCCGUGGGAAACGUGACCCCGUCCCGACUCUUCUGACAUUCUGCUGUUCCUCAUUUUCAACUGAUGUUCAUGUUGAAUAAAAUAUCAGAU